GUUAGUAAGUAGUAGCUAGUAAAAUGGAUGAAUAUUCAUCACAGUACUCAAUGUGGAUGAAGAGCAAAACAAUUCAUGUGGGAGCUGGGCUUAUAUGGCCUCCAAGAUGUUAUUCCUGUAGCUUUUGUAAGAGAGAAUUCAGGUCUGCUCAAGCUUUAGGUGGUCACAUGAAUGUCCACAGAAGGGAUAGAGCCAGACUCAAGCAAUCCCUUAGCCCACAAAACGAAGCUCUUUCCCAAAGUCAUAGCAAGAGUCUUUCAAAGCGUCAUAAACAAUCCCCAGCUAGAAAUUCGAAAAGUGCUUCUUUAACUCUUUCUUCUGCCGUAAUUUCAAAAUUCUCUCAUCUUGCUUUUUCUCCUGAAAUCAAGGAAUUAGCAGCUGGUCAAAAGAUAAUGUCAUCAUCUCAACCAGAUUGGUUAAAUUCUAAAGCCGCAGUAAGAGUACUUUCCAGUACUAAGCAAGAUUUUAAUAGAUACGGUGAUAAAAAAUUAAAGGGUGCUGGAAAAAAGUUUAUUUUGUUGGAUGAUGAUGCAAAUUCUUCGUCAGUAGGCGUAUCAGCUUCAAAGAGACAAAAAAGCUGCAUGGUUUCAUCAUUGCCUAUGCUCCAUAAACCAUGUUCGAGUCAUGAAAAAUAUAGUUUCACUACUUCAGAUUAUAAAGUGGGAAACAGGACCAGUUCCAUGGAGGAUAUUGAUCUUGAACUCAGGCUUGCUAUAGGUGAUCCACCAGCCAAGCAAUUAGUUACACUAGUGGCAGCAGAAGGGAACUCAGAAGGUAUCGAAGGGAAUACUUCAGAAUUUGGUGGGUGCAAUAACAGGCGCAUAAGUACAUGGAGAUGGGGAGACCGCAAGUACGGAAUCGCAAGUGCGGAGAGGCAAGCGCAGAAGCGGAGAGGAGAGGAGUUGCCUGGGGUCGCAUGUGCGAAGGAGGUGUCGUAUCUGCGAUGCCCGCAGAAGCUAUCAACGACCCGCAAGAGCGGAAGGAGACCGCAAAAGCGGACAUGGGUCCGCAAGUGCGCACACGCAAAUCCAGUUACUGAUGACGCUGCCCCCGGAGCAGAUGUCGCUAGGGGCAGAGGCAGAGGACAAAGAGGAGCACUCGCCGCAGCUAGAGCAUCUACCCGAGCAGCAGUUGAGGAGCCGCCAGUAGCUCCGGAGACCUUAGCACAGUUCCUGAGCAUGUUUAGUAUAUUGGCUGAAGCGGGAUUGAUUCCGAUUGCACCAGCUACUUCACAGACCAGGAGAGGAACCAAGACUCCCGCUGCCCACACUCCAGAGCAGCGAGUUCAUGUUGGUCAGGUUUCAUGUGUCAUGGUGACACAACCUGUGAUCCCAGCUCAGCCAGUGGUUAGGACUGCAGUAUUUGAGGAAGAAUAG